AUGCCUGGCUUCACAACAUUGGCAUGGCUGGCCCUGACCGCUUCUCCCGCAACGGCUUUCUGGCGAUUGCCUUGCGUGUCACCCAUUGUGCUUGAACGACUUGAUCCCAUCGUCAACACUGAUGCAGUGUCAAGUCACGUCCAUACAAUUAUGGGAGGAAAUGGCUUUGCAAAAGUGAUGGACUACAACACCACACAAUCAUCCACAUGCUCAUCCUGCACCGUUAUCGGCGACAAUUCCAACUACUGGAUUCCUAACCUGUGGUACCAAGGCUCAGAUGGGAAGUUCACGAGCGUCAACCAGGUCGGCGGUGCAACUGUCUACUACUUGCAGCGUGGUGGCAACGAAGAGAAGCUGAAGGCAUUCCCUCCAGGAUUCCGCAUGCUAGCUGGCGAUACAGCCAAGCGAACUGCUGGCACCGAUUUUGCUUCACAAGCUAUCAGCUACAAUUGCCUCGGUACCUCCAACCCAGAGACGAACGCUUUUCCCAACUACAACUGCCCAUCUGGCCUCCGAGCCCAGGUCUUCUUUCCUUCCUGCUGGGAUGGACAGAAUCUCGACUCUGCUGACCACAAGUCGCACAUGUCGUACCCAGUGGGUGCCUACAACAACGGCGAGUGCCCGUCGACCCAUCCAGUGCACCUGAUUUCCAUCUUCUACGAGGUCAUCUGGGACACCAACAAGUUCGCUAGCCAGUGGAGCGGCGGCAAGCAACCAUUCGUCUGGAGCAAUGGUGACAAUACCGGCUAUGGUCUCCAUGGUGAUUUCAUCAUGGGCUGGGACGAGGCCCACCUUCAGUCAGCUGUCGACGAUUGCACUAACUUGUCCGGCCGUGUUGAAGACUGCCAGCACUUCCAGCUGAUUCCAAACAGUCAAGCCCAAGGCUGCACAGUCCAACCUGUCGUUGAUGAGGUCGUCAGUGGUACCCUCGACAAGCUGCCUGGCGGAGAAGCGGUCAUCAACGACAAUGUCGGCCCCGACUUCACUGAUUUGACCAGCGACGGCUGGUCGUAUGUCGGCUGCGGACAGGACAACUACUAUUCCCGCAUUCUUACAGGUGCAAGCACUAGCCAGAGCAGUAUGACCAACGACCAGUGUGUGAAGUUUUGUGACGGCAAAGGCUUCAGUAUUGCUGGAACCGAGUACUCGAAGGAGUGCUACUGCGGAAACAGCAUUCCGGAUGUCGGAGCACCGAUUCCAGGUCUGCCUGGCAACUGCAAAAUGCCGUGUGCUGGUGACGCUACUCAAAUGUGUGGUGGUGCUGGACCAAUCACUCUGUAUAAGAAGUGCUCGGGAACCACGUGUGUGAACGCUAUCAAGACGCCAAGCCAGGUGACUGUCCCUUCGACUGGUGGCAGUGGCAGCGGCAGCAGCCCAGCGAGCGGAUCGUCUCCUUCCAGCAGCUCUGUCGCGGCUUCACAGCCAACGCAGGGUACGCCCAGUGCUGGUACGACCUCGAAUGGAAACCCAUCCGAUGGCAGCCCAUCGAGUGGAAGCCCUGCAAGCGGCAGUUCGCCUUCCUCAAACCCCUCGUCCGGCAACCCGUCCAGCGGCAAUCCAUCUACCGGCAAUGCGUCCACCGGCAACCCAUCAAGCGGAGACUUCCCCUCUGGCUCCGACGACUCCGAUUCUGAUUCGGACUCCAGUCCUCCUUCAUCGCCUCCGCCAUCUUCCUCCUCUCCGACCAAGGUACCGUCCCCUGGCAGCCCAGCAACAACCAGCUCAGCAGCCGUCGCAACAAUUCACCCCAGCGUGAAUCCGUCUCUUUCAUCUCCCCUCCCAUCUAACGCCACAACCCCAUCUGGUUGGGCCUACGCAGGCUGCUACCUUGACACCGUCUUCCCGCGCUCCCUACCCGUGUGGUCGAACUUCAACGGGCCCAAGAUGACCAACGGCGCCUGCAUGGCUUUUUGCGAGGCCAAGGGCCAGCCGUAUGCGGGCACCGAGUACGCGGGCCAGUGCUUCUGCGGGGAGGGACUGGUAGGCUCAGAGAGCGUGGAUGAGUCCAAGUGCAGCACAACAUGCACGGGUGCGAGCGGGGAGAAGUGUGGUGGGCCAGGCGUGUUGAGUUUGUGGGUGAAGGCGACUGCUGACAAGCGAGCAGUCAGGAGGCACCUGAGCGCUCAUGCGCACAAGAGAUCGAUCUAA